UCGAGUUCGGGCCGGCAGCAGAGCGACAAGUCUGCGGACGCGAGGAUGCUGGUGCCCCCGGACAUGAUGGCGGCGCAGUCAAAGAUGCUGUACCAACUGAACAAGUACUACGGCGAGCGGGUGCACGCCCGCAAGGCGCUCGUGGCCAAGACGAUCCGCGAGGUGUGCAAAGUGGUGCAGGACGUGCUUAAGGAGGUCGAGGUGCAGGAGCCGCGCUUCAUCAGCAGUCUGACCGAGUGCAACGGGCGCUACGAGGGCAUGGACGUCGUCUCGCCCAACGAGUUCGAGGUCGUCCUCUACCUCAACCAGAUGGGCGUGUUCAACUUCGUGGACGACGGCACCCUGCCGGGGUGCGCCGUCCUCAAACUCAGCGACGGCCGCAAACGCUCCAUGUCCCUCUGGGUCGAGUUCAUCACCGCGUCCGGCUACCUUUCGGCGCGCAAGAUCAGGUCGCGCUUCCAGACGCUGGUGGCGCAGGCGUGCGACAAGUGCAGCUACCGCGAUUCGGUCAAGAUGAUCGCGGACACCACCGAGGUCAAGCUGCGCAUCAGGGAGCGCUACAUCGUGCAGAUCACGCCGGCGUUCAAAUGUUCCGGGGUUUGGCCGCGGAGCGCGGCCCACUGGCCCAUUCCGCACAUCCCGUGGCCGCACCCGAAUCUUGUGGCCGAGGUCAAGACGGAGGGCUUCGACCUCUUGUCCAAGGAGUGCGUGGCCAUGCAGGGCAAGCAGUCGGCCAUGGAGGGCGACGCGUGGGUGUUGAGUUUCACCGAGGCCGAGAAUCGGCUGCUGCAGGGCGGGUGUCGCCGCAAGUGCUUGAGCACCCUGAAGACCCUGAGGGACCGGCACCUCGACCUGCCCGGCAACCCUGUCACCUCGUACCACAUGAAGACGCUGCUGCUGUACGAGUGCGAGAAGCACCCGCGCGAAAUCGAGUGGGACGAGUCUUGUCUCGGCGACCGCAUCAACGGCAUCUUCCUGCAGCUCAUCUCGUGUCUGCAAUGCCGUCGCUGUCCGCACUACUUCCUGCCCAACCUCGACCUCUUCAAGGGCAAGUCGCCGUCGUCGCUCGAGAACGCCGCCAAGCAGGCGUGGCGACUCACCCGCGAGCUCCUCACCAACUCGCGCUCCCUCGAAAAACUGUGAAUUUUUACACAAACUCUCUGGACAAAGUAGCUUUUCUGCAGUUUUAAUUUAGUCUCCGAGAAAAGAAGUGUGAUUGCCGCAGGUGGAUAAUUAUACUUUUUUUGUGAAUUUAUACAUACGUUUGUGUGAAUGACGUGUUAUACAUAUAAAAGUGCGCGCGGAUGUUUAAGUGCGAGUCUCUCGAAUGAGGUAAAGUAGAGCCUAAUGAUAGAAUUAAUUAAAACUCGUUAGAAAACGUUAUUGAAAAGAUGCCGAGAAAAAAGUCGUUUUAGAGCAUUUUGUGAUCUUUCCUUAUAACUCUUUUUGUAUAAUAAUAAAUAUAUUAGUAAAUAAAACGACGAGAAAACGUUUUAAAAAUAUGGAAAAAUAGCGACUGAUUUAAUUAUUAAUUUUCUUUGUGACAAGUUAUCGCGCAGUUGUUUCUCUUGGUGAAAAAUAAAACAGAGUGACGAGAGUCAUGACUUGAAUUAAAAAUAAAAUAUUUUUAACUCCACUUUUCCCCAUAAAACUAAAUAUUUUAUAUUAUAAUUAAUAUUUUAAUAUAUAAAUUAAUAUUAGGAUAUUUGGUUUAGGAGCAAUUAAAAAGUUUUCAAUAUUUGUUUGGCCUGCCAAAAGUUUGUUUAAAGAGUUGCGUGCGAGAUGUGAAAAUUCUGCGGUAUUUUUGUAGCCGCUGCGCGCGUUCAAUAUCUGCGGGCGCGCCGUCGCCGCUUGCCCACUUCUGUUAUCGAGCCUCGCCCCGAGCUCUUUUUCCAAAAUCGUAUAUAAGAUCAAAGCCAACAGGAAAAAUGUA